GACUUUGAACCGACAGGCAGAUGGGUGUGGAGUCAGGUAAGGUUAGCCAGUUGCAUUCCAGGAAGAGAGAUCUCUGACGACAGACAUGGCUAAAUUCCUGUCAGGAACUCAGAUCAACGAGUUCAAGGAAUGUUUCUCCUUGUACGACAAGAAGCGCAAGGGGAAGAUUGAAGCCAAAGACCUGAUCACAGUUAUGCGCUGUCUGGGGACGAGUCCCACCUUCGGUGAGAUCGACCGACACCUGCAGGUCCACAAGAUAGAAAAGAAGGGCGAGCUCGACUUCUCCACCUUCCUGACCAUGAUGCACAGGCAGAUCCAGCAGGAGGACCCCAAGGCGGAGAUCCUGGAGGCCAUGAGGAUGACGGACAAGCAGAAGAAGGGCUACAUCCUGGCCUCGGAGCUCCGAGCCAAGCUCACCAAGCUAGGAGAGAAGCUGACUGAUAAAGAAGGUAGCCUACAAUGUGUUUCUAUCGCUAGGGGUUUUAGCUGUCGUGGAUUAAGACAGGACUCGAUAUAAUGCCUAGUGGAGCCU